AUGACGACGCCGUGCCCUAGCUCCAGGACAAAGCGCGCCACCGCGCCGCUCGACGCCGCAGCGAGGGCCCGCCUCGCCGUCGUCGUCGUCCCGGGCAGCGCGGAAAGCAGCGGCAGCGAGCACGAGGGGGACGGAGCGGCGGCGGCUCUGUCCAGCCUCGUCAACGAGUACCUCCUAGAGGCGGACGACGCCACUGUCCCUUCAGCCGCCGUGCUCGCUGCGGGAGGUAGCUCCGAAGUCGAGGAUGACGAGGACGACCUCGACGAUGACUCCGCCGCUGCGGCGGAGGAGGUCGGGGAGAUCAGAAGAGUGCUUGAGGCGGCCGGUACCGGUGACGACCGACGCCGCCGCAUCUUCGCCGACGUGGCGGACGCCAUGCGAGAACUGGAGAAUGUCCGCGGUGAACGGUCAGCGUUCCGGCGCGCGGUGAUGUCCCUCCUCCGGGAGCGCGGCCACGACGCCGGACUCUGCAAGGCGCGGUGGGACAAGACGACCAGCAUGGUCGCCGGGAGCUACGAGUACAUCGACGUCGUCGUCACCGCCGCAGGCGCAGGAGCAGAGGCGGCGACGAGAUACAUCGUCGACGUCGGCUUCGCCGAGGAGUUCGACGUGGCGCGGCCGACGGAAGGCUACGUGGCCGUGCGCUCGGCGCUGCCGGAGGUGCUCGUCGCGAGGCCCGACGACGUGCGUCAGAUCGUCAGGGCGGCGUCGUCUUCCCUGCGGCGAUCGCUGAAGCACCGCCGCCUCAGCGUGCCACCGUGGAGGAAGCGGAAGUUCAUGCUGGCCAAAUGGCUAGGGCCGUACAGGCGGACGGUGAACGCCGUGCCGACCUCGGCCGGAACGGCGAUGCCCCAUGGUGGCGGCCCGUCGGCCGUCUGCCGGACAGUCCAUGGGUUCGAAGCGCCACCUCGGGCGAAGGCGCGGUCGGAGCUCUGGGGUUGA